GAACGAGAUAACCCUGCGCCAUUAGAAGAGAAUGUUGAAGAGAAUAUGAAACAUCCAGCAACACUUGAUCUUAUGAGAUCGAGGCGAGCGUGAACCUAUACGAUUUGUACAAUGUGUCGAAUGCCCUGGAAAUUUUCUACAUCGGCGUCGACGCUCGCUAUCGUCGCUAUGGCAUAGCGCGCAGCCUGAUGGGUAUGAGCAUCGAUAUGGCACCUAAAAUCGCCCUCGAGAGGCGUCUACCGCAGCCGGAAAUCGCAUUUGCCGUUUUCACCUCCAACUACAGCCAAGCGCUCGCCGAGCAGUUCAACUUCGAGUGGCUGCACGCGGUGCGCUACGACGAGUACGAGUGCAGCGACGGGAAGCUCCUCUCCGAGAGGAUCGGUAGCGUACAUCAGAGCUCGAAGCUCGGGGCACGCAGACUCUAAAUUCAAGCUCUAUAACACUUUCCAGCUCGAUCGCGUGCGCUGGCAUUUACAUGCUCAAUAACUUGAAAAUGUGCUCGGCGAGAUUACCACGCCAAUUAUUAAUUUAAUCCUCCUAUGUUGUUGCAUUGAGUUUACGUUGACAUCCUGGCUUCGAGGCUCCCUGACAUUUCCAAAAUUUGCACUUACUAUGAGAGGAGCCUCUGUUGAAUAGAUCUAGCUCAUGUACAGCUGAUGCGCCUUAAAUAUGAAUUGACUGGAAUUUUAAAGU